UUUGGUCACAGAUUUUUCAAGGAAGAAAAGGGCUGUGGUUUGAUCAGGUGUGAAAACACCUGUAGACCCAUUUCCGGUUUGGAAUUUUAAUUAACCAGGUGUUGUUUGCGGUUCCUGCGUGUCUUGCUCGGACUCUGUUGCAGACAGAGGUGCCAACCCUACCUGUACCUACCUCUCCUCCGCUGUCUGUCUUCAACCUGUACCCAGAGCUAAGCCAUGUCUGCGGGUAUACAGAUGCUUGGCAUGGUGCUGGGGCUGGGUGGGUGGGCACUCGCCCUUGUGUCCUGUGCCCUGCCCCUGUGGAAAGUUUCGGCCUUCGUUGGGAGCAACAUUGUCACCGCACAGACGGUGUGGGAGGGGCUGUGGAUGAGCUGUGUGGUGCAGAGUACGGGCCAGAUGCAGUGUAAGGUCUAUGACUCCAUGCUGGCACUGCCACGGGACCUGCAGGCCUCUCGUGCGAUCCUGGUGGUCGGCCUGCUGGUGUGCCUCCUCGCCCUGCUGGCCAGCCUCAUGGGGGGCAGGUGCACCACCUGCCUGGCGGAAGGCUCCAGAAAAUCCCGGUUGGCCGUGGCGGCCGGAGCACUGCUUGUGAUUGGUGGGAUGCUAUGUAUGAUCCCGCCCAGCUGGUGUGCGCAUCGAGUGAUCAGGGACUUCUACAGCCCUCUGGUGCCCCAGGGGCAGAAGCGGGAGCUGGGGGCCGCCGUGUUCCUCUGUUGGGGCUCGGCCGCGUUCCUCAUCAUCGGAGGGGCGCUGGUUUGUGCCCACUGCCCCCACAGGAACGGCAGGGCCGAAAUCAACGGCCGGCACCACCACCAUCAGCGUACCGUGCCGCCGGUCAAAUCGCCACUACCGCUGGACGCACGCUUUAUGUUUAAUACUUGAGGUGUGUGUGUGUGUGUGUGUAUGUGUGUGUGACUUCAUUUAACUUGAAACAUGUGCUUGGAAAAUUGAGGAAAAAGGUUGUUUUACUGGAUAUGCCAGGUGUGUAUGUGGCAGGAUUGCAUACAUAGUAGGAGAACUAACAUUCUCUUUAUUAAAUGUAAUCUAUUUUACAUCUCAUUGUUACAAACAGAAUUUCCUGUUCUCCGGUCCAGGUUGACAGUCUGUGUCUAAGAUGAGUCUGAUUCAGUUAGGUGUAUUGUACUUAGAAAUAUUUUUUUUAAGUUUAACAUUUUAUGUUGAGAGAACUGGCAUUCUCUUUUCCUUUAUUGUAUUUAUGUUUUUCCCAGUGUGUUGUUUUAAUGUGAAUGUUACAUUUAAUAAACUGCUUUAAA